UUUUCCUUCUAAAUUCACAAAGGAAAGUGAUAUAGAACAGAGAUUAUUUUAAUUAAUCAAUUAAAUUAACACACAUAUCGUAAUUAUUAAUUAAUAAUGGAAAAGAGAAGUGUGUUGAAUCUACCGAGAAUGAUCGGGAGUGAUUAUGAACUAGGUAAGGAAAUUGGCCAAGGCACAUAUGGUACUACUUACCUAUGUCGACACUUAAUAACCAAUGAAACUCUAGCUUGCAAGGUCAUCUCAAAGGCUAAUAUUACAACCCAGGUAAUUUUAUAAUAAUAAAUUAUACUAAUUAACUAUAUUAUGUAAUUAAAUAAUAAUAAUAACAAUGUAUCCUUAUAUAUAGGAGAAAAUCGAGAAUAUAUAUCGUGAGUUGACCAUCAUGAUGACAUUGUCGGAUCACCCGAACAUUGUGAAGCUAAAGGCAUUUCGUGAAGAUGAAGACUUCUUUUACUUUAUUAUGGAGCUUUGUGAGGGAGGCGAGUUGUUUGAUCGAAUUGAGGCUAAAGACUACUUGACCGAGGCAGAGGCAGCCCCUGUGGCUAAGAUGAUAGCCAAGGCAGUUUGUAUGUGCCAUGUGGCUGGGGUCAUACAUAGAGAUUUGAAGCCUGAAAACUUUUUGUUCCUUAACAACCAACCAGACUCGCCUCUCAAACUCAUUGAUUUUGGAUUUUCUGUGUUUUUUAAACCUAAUCAAAGGUUUUCAGAUAUAGUGGGGACUCUGUCUUAUGUAGCUCCGGAAAUGUUGAGCCAAUGGAAGCGUCAUGGACCAGAAGUGGAUAUUUGGAGUGCUGGAGUUAUCAUUUACAUUAUGUUAUGUGGUCAUUUCCCAUUUUAUCUUAAUUCAGAUUUAGAUUUUGAUAAAACUACUCAGACAACUUGUGCUAUUUUAAAAGGAGACAUAGACUUUGAAACACAACCGUGGCCUCAAAUUUCUGAGAGUGCUAAGAGUCUUAUUAGGCAAAUGCUAGAGCGUGAUCCAAAAAAGCGUUUGACUGCUCAACAAGUGCUUGGUAAUUACUAAUCUAUGCAUAUAUAUUUUUUGUUUUGUAAUGUGUCUUUCUAAUUAAUUUUAUUUUCUUAAUUAACUUUAUUAAUAUUGGUUAUUAUGUUUAUUAUUGCAGAGCACCCUUGGAUUCGAAAUGCAUAAAAGUACCAAAUGAUACUACUUUUCUUUUUGGUCUAUCCAUGGCAUGGAUAAUAAAGAGUUCAAUUCAAGAUGAUGAAGACGAAAAUAUACUCUUGUCUUAAUUAAUAAUCAUUUACUGUUAUGUAUAUUUAUAUUUUAUCACUCUUUGUUUUAUUUGUAUUAAUAUUGAUUAUUUCACAACAUUCUAUUUCGUUUGCAGCAUUUAUUUCAACUUCAACUUUUUAUUUAUUCAUACAUGUAUGUGUGUUUUUCUACUUAAUUAAUUAAUUUCUGUACAAUUACAACAAACAAAUGUUUUCAGUUCUCUUGUUCAAAAUAUAAAUAAAUAAAUUUUCAGUUCUCAACCUAGCUAGCUAUAUAAGUACCAAUAACUCAACUAAUAAUUACUACUCUUUCUUCAUUCUUCAAAGAAUAUAAAAUAUCGUAUUAUUAGAACUAAAAAAAGCACGCACUAAAUUUAGUUUCUGUAUGUUAACAUAACUUUCACUUAAUUUAGUUAGUUAAUUGUUUUCUUUUCAGUUCUGUUUUCUGUUUUGGUAUAGCUUUGUUUAGCUCUUGCAUUGUCCAAUACUUAUAUUGUAUUGUGGUUAUAAAUAAAGGAUCUCUCAAUUAUGAGAGAUAAGCGUUUCUUCUUCUUCUUCUUCUUCUUCUUCUUCUUACUUUCUCUGAUUUUACCAUCUUCCUAAGCUUGCUCUAGUUAAGCUUCUACAUGGUAUUAGUCGCCUCCAAUGAAAUCCUCGAGCAAUACCUCCACUUCUUCUAAUCAUGCUAAUCAUGGUAAAAGUGGAGUUACAUCACUUAAUCUCUUUAAUGUUAUCCAUGAAAAGUACCGAUUAUUUAGUUUAAGAGAGCUAUAAAAAUCAGUAAAAUGCCAAGUAGGACCAGUGCCAAA